AUGAUCAAGUUCUCGGGUGACGACUACAUGAUUAACGAGUUGGAGGACGCUGAGGAGGGCGACGACUUCGACCCCUUCGAUGACGACGAGUCGUUGUUCUCUGAAACCGGUGAGGACUUGCUCAAGCGAGGCAACACGGUGAGGAGAGGCAACACCAUCACCAGAAAACCCCAGAAAACCGAAUUAGGCGCAGACUCCGUAAUCGAAAUGGAGGAAGAAGACUUCAAGCCUCGGUUAAACUACACCAAAACCAUCAAAAAGGCCAAGUUAGUCAACGGUAACUACGUGAUCGAUUGUCCUGUCCCACGCUCGUUGCUUGAAACCUACGGCAGAAAAAUCACCGACGGUGGCAGAGAAAUGUCCUUCAUGAGAUACACAGCCGCCACCUGUGGUCCUUCCAACUUCCAAAAAUUCAACUACAACGUAAGACAGGCGUUGUACACACCUCCCAGACAAACCGAGAUUUUGGUGUGUGUUACCAUGUAUAACGAAGACGAGAUCUUGUUGGCCAAGACCUUGAAGGGUAUCUUCGAAAAUAUUAAGAACUUGACCAAAAGAUCCGACCCGGCCUGGGGUGAAGAUUCUUGGAAGAAGAUUGUUGUUUUGAUCGUCAAUGACGGUAGAGUUGCAUUGAACAAGAGAUCUAAGACCUUGUUGACCGCCAUGGGUGUAUUCCAAGAUGGUUACGCCAAAUCCAAGAUUAAUGAUUCAUCAGUCAAGUCGCAUAUUUACGAGUACACAUCCACGGUUGGUAUCGACGUGGUCAGUGACAAGGUCCAUUUAUGUCCAAACUCCUCUCCCGUGCAAAUGAUCUUCUGUUUGAAGGAAAAAAACUCGAGAAAGAUUAACUCCCACAGAUGGGCUUUCCAAGCAUUCUGCCCCAUUCUUAACCCCAAGGUUGUCAUGUUGUUGGAUUGUGGUACCAUGCCUUCAAAGGACGCAUUUUACUAUUUAUGGAGAUCAUUCCGUGACCCCAAGGUUGCCGGUGCAUGUGGUGAAAUGAGAGCCUCCUUGGGCCAAGGUAAAAGAUUAUUGGCCAACCCAUUGGUUGCUGCUCAAAACUUCGAGUAUAAAAUUUCGAACAUUUUGGAUAAGCCUAUGGAGUCAGUUUUUGGGUUCAUUACUGUGUUACCCGGUGCUUUCUCGGCUUACAGAUAUGAAGCAUUGUUAAACGUUGAUGGUGAAGGGCCUUUGGAAAAGUACUUCAAGGGUGAAUAUCUUCAUCAAGGCUCACAAAUCGACUCCAAUGACGCUGAAGAAGAUGACGAAAAAUACAUCAAGGAAAGAAACUAUCAAGAAGCAGGUAUCUUCACGUCUAAUAUGUACUUGGCCGAAGAUAGAAUUUUGUGUUUCGAGCUUGUGGCCAAAAAGAACCAUAACUACGUUUUGAGAUACGUGAAUGAAGCCAAGGCGGAGACCGAUGUUCCCGAAAAACUUGAUGAGUUUGUUUUACAAAGAAGAAGAUGGUUGAACGGUUCUAUGUUCGCUGCCGCUUAUGCCGUGUUCCACUGGACCAACAUUUGGAAAUCCAAUCACUCGUUAGCCAGAAAGUUGUGGUUACAGGUGGAAUUCUACUAUCAGUUGGUUACAAUCUUGGUUUCUUGGUUCUCGUUGGCUUCUUUCUUCUUGGUGUUUAGAAUUUUGACCGCCAACUUGGGUGCCGAAGAUAUGAAUUUCGAGACCGGAAAGUACUUGGCCAUCGUCUUUCUAUGGUUCUACGUGGGAUGUGUGGUUUCCACAUUCGUUUUGGCAUUUGGUAAUACUCCAAGAGGUACCAAGAAGUUUUAUAUGGCGAUCGCAGUGAUCUUCUCGGUAUUGAUGGUGUAUAUGAUGUUUGCGGCCAUUUACUUGGCUAUUCAUACAGUCAACUUGGUUGUCAAGAAUCAUAAGGAUGAUUUCAAUGUGACAAUGGUUUUCACCAACGGUAAGUUCAGAGAUUUGGUGGUUUCGAUGGUUUCCACCUAUUUGUUGUACUUCGUGGGUGCAUUCUUGUACGGAGAACCGCUGUUUAUGUUCACAUCUUUUGUUCAGUAUGUGGCAUUAUCACCCAGUUACGUGAACAUCUUGAACAUUUAUUCGUUCUGUAACAUUCAUGAUGUUUCUUGGGGUACCAAGGGUGCAGUGGAAGCCAAGGACUUGGGUUCCGCCAAGUCCACUGGUGCCAACAAGGACGAGUUGGUGAUGAUUGCCCCAGGUUUGGCAGAGGAGUUGAACGACUCGUACUUGAACACCUUGGAAGAGUUGCGGACAGUUGAGCCUCCAGUCAUCGAGGCCAAUCUCAGAAAGCAAAAGGACGAUGCCUACUAUGCAUUUGUCAGAACCAUCACCGUGUUGGUGUGGAUGUUGACCAACGCCAUUUUGCUUGUCAUUGUGUUGGAGGCCGGAGGUCUCGAUACCUUGACCAAAAAGCCCAGUGUCAACCCGGACGGUUCCAUCCGUGCCAACUCUGAAGUGUUCUUGACAAUUAUUUUAUGGAUUGUCGCCGGUUUGGCGUUGUUCAGAUUCCUUGGAUGUGUGUUGUUCUUGAUCUUCAAGGCAUUCAGACCCAUCAAAUGGAGGUUCUUGGCCAGAAAGGAAAGUAAGGCUGCCAAUAGUGGUUAA